AUGGCAGCAGUAGCAGCUGCCGUGUCAGCCAUCAAUACUCCUGUCCCUAGUGGAUCGGGAAUAGUUGCACAUCCUUCUAACCAUGGUGAGAGCCGUGGGCUUCCUCGAGGAUGCACCUACAAGGAUUUUACGAAUGCCAAACCCCGAGACUUUAAUGGAACUGGAGGGGUUAUGAUUUUAAGACAAUGGAUAGAAAAGAUAGAAGCAGUCUUUGAGAUUUGCGCCUGCCUGGAGAACAACAAGGUCAAGUUUGCUUAUUGUACCUUUUCAGAGAGAGCUUUAACAUGGUGGAAUGGCCACGUUAAGGCACUGACUCUAGUAGUGGAAAAUUCGAUAUGUUGGGAAAACUUAAAGAUCAUGCUGAUGAGAGAGUACUGUCCACGAGGAGAAAUUGAAAAGCUCGAACAGGAACUUUGGAGCCUUAGAAUGGUUGGUACCGAUAUAUCAACCUAUACGGGUAGAUUCUAUGAUCUGUCAAGUGUGUUAGCAUCAAGGCUCGAUACUUUCGAUAGUGCCAAAGAACUAGCACAAUCUCUGAUUGACCACAGAAACCAUCGGAACUCAAAAAUUUCUGUACAAGACCAACAAGAAGGAAACAACAACAAGAACAAGAGGAAAGAUGAGUCCUCACAAGAAUCCUCAAGGAAACAACAACAAGUUACAGUCAAUGCUGCUACAGUACCUACAAUAGUCCCUACUAACCCAUUACCAGCAAAGCCAUAUGCAGGUAAUCUCCCAAAGUGCAACAAAUGCAACUAUCACCACCAUGGAUCUUGUCGGGAGAUGUAG